AUGUCUAGCCUAUCCAUUCAAACCGCACCCUCUGUGGCAUUCUUCUGCCCCCAGAGCAAGACCCCAACAGAGGCAUACCUGGCACAAUUACAGCAAUACAUCAUUCAGAGGCCGCUGCUGCAGCCACUCAAACAAACAAUCACUUCGUUAAGAAGCACAUGGACAAUACUCUGCGAACACCAUGCAGACAUUGCCACACACACAGAAGGCGAGCGACAUAUGGCCAGUCUAGAGCAAUGGAUCACUGAAGGGCUGACUGGGCCCGUAUCCAACCCUGUGUGGAGUACGCUGUCUUUACCACUAUUGGCCGUCAUGCAGAUAUGUCAGUACUUCCAAUUGCUAGACAUGCACAACAUUACACACGCACAGAUGCUGGAAAGCUUGAAGAACGGUGGCGGUGCACACGGAUACUGUGGAGGUCUCCCCGCAGCCUUCGCCAUCGCCUGUGCCCAAGAUGAAGAGGAUGUCGUUCGUCUCGCCUGCAAGGCUGUGCGCUUGGCUUUUGCAGUGGGGGCAUUUGGCGAGCUUGGGGACGACGUGUCAAUUGAUGGAGUCACAACAAUCGCUGUACGGCUGAGAGCUUCGCAGCAAGCAGACGGGCUUGUAAAGGACAUAGCAGGAUGCUACGUUUCCGCCGUGACGGACCCAAGAACUGUCAGUAUUGUAGGCCCCGUACAUGAGCUGAAGAAGGUGACCGAGAGAGCACGAGCCCAGGGACUCUUGGUCACUGAUAUCCACAUCCGGGGCAAAGUGCACAGCCCGGAAAACGCGCCUCUGGUGAAAGUCCUGUUUGAUCUGUGUCAGGGCCGGGAUGAGAUGACAUUGCCCGCGGCAAGUCAGCUGCAGAUACCCGUGCGAUCAACUCUGGACGGAAAGCUAUUGGACAGCUGUUCGCUGACCCACGAGGUGAUCAACACCAUUCUCGCUUCUCGAUGCGAAUGGUACCGACUUUUGGAAGAGGUGGCACAAGACUUGGCAAAAAGCAAUACUGACACGCACACAUUUGCUUUGUUCGGCAUUGGGGAUGCCGUCCCCCUGAUGCCCUUCCAUAAUGCGCGCUUGCGAGUAUCCAAGGUCGAAGCCUACACCGCUAUUCAGAAUGCCAAAUUGGCCGAAUAUGAGUAUCCAGAGAGCGCCAUUGCCAUCACGGGAGUUUCUUGCCGGCUCCCCCAGGCAAAUGAUGUGGAAGAGUUGUGGCAGCUUCUCGCUGCUGGCAAGUCAACUUGCGAGGAAAUUCGCCAAGACAGAGUCCCCAUGCAAGAUAGCUUUCGCGUGCUCCAAAACGAAAAGUCGCAACCAAAGUGGUUUGGAAAUUUUAUCGAUGGAGCCGACGAAUUUGAUUGGGCCUUCUUUCGCUCCAAUGCCAAAGAGGCUGCCAGCAUGGACCCCCAGCAGCGAAUCCUCAUGGAACUGACCUUCCAGGCCCUGGACUCGGCUGGCUAUCUCCGCAGGCAUUCUCGCGAAGAUGGUGACCGAGUUGGGUGCUUUAUCGGCGCUAGCUUUGUCGAAUACACAGAUAAUAUCCGUGCUCACCAACCAACUGCGUACACAGCAACUGGCACGAUUCGGGCAUUCUUGUGUGGGAGAUUAAGUCACUACUAUGGCUGGACGGGACCAGCAGAGGUUAUCGACACCGCCUGCUCGUCUUCACUGGUCGCUAUCAAUCGUGCCUGUCAAUCGAUCCGGUUAGGUGAAAGCCGGAUGGCAGUUGCUGGUGGAGUGAAUAUCAUAUCCAGCGUGCACAACUACCUCGCUCUUGGAAAGGCUGGCUUUCUCAGUCCUACUGGCCAAUGUAAGCCAUUCGACCAGUCGGCAGAUGGAUAUUGCCGCGGCGAAGGUGCUGGAAUCAUAGUGUUGAAGCCCCUGAAGCAGGCUUUGGCAGAUGGCGACCAGAUAUUUGGUGUCAUCGCAGGCUCAUCGACUAACCAGGGCGGUUUGUCUGCAAAUGUGACGGUAACUCAUCCGCCAGCCCAAGUGGAGCUGUACAAGUCAGUUCUCAAGAGCGCUGGAAUGAGCCCAAACCAUGUGUCGUACGUUGAGGCACACGGGACGGGUACACAGGUCGGCGACCCUCUUGAGGUCAGCAGCAUAAGGGACGUUUUUGGUGGAUCGAAUCGUCCAAACAAGAUGUAUCUUGGUUCCAUCAAAGGCAACACUGGUCACGCAGAAACAGCAGCUGGUGUUGCUGGCUUACUGAAGGUAAUUGCCAUGCUACAGAAGAAGGCAAUUCCACCCCACGCACAGUUCGAAACAUUGAAUCCGAAAAUCCCUUCCUUGGCUCCGGACAAGAUUGCUAUAGCAAAGAGCCUUGAGCCAUGGGAAGUGACUUUCAGGGCUGCUUGGGUUAACAACUAUGGGGCGGCGGGAAGUAAUGCCUCGCUCGUUGUUUGCGAAGGGCCUCGCAAAGACAUGAGCGAAGCACAAAACCGUUCUCUAUCGAGCGCUGUGUACCCCAUCAUUCUUUCCGCCUUCACAGCAGAAAGCUUGAAGGCUUACGCCACAUCAUUGAAAUCACACUUGAGCCGGGCGAAAGUAGACCUUGCAAGCCUUGCUUACACCCUCUCUGAGCGGCGAAAGCGACAACCACUGGCCUGGACAACAACCGCUUCUGACAUUGCGGACCUGCAAAGAAAACUCUCUGCGAACAUCUUGCCAUUGAAUAUACCCCCUGUACCCAAGAAGGUGGUGCUUGCCUUUUCUGGUCAAAGCAAGCAGACGAUUGGGUUUUCAGAAACGCUUUACAGGUCUCACUCUAGAUUACGGCACUACAUCGACGAGUGCAACCGCAUGCUCAUUGCGCUUGGAUUUCCCUCGAUCCUCCCGGCGAUAUUUACCGACACGAAAAUUGAAGACCCUGUCGUGUUGCAAACAGGUACCAUGGCCGUUCAAUACGCGAGCGCCAGGUGUUGGAUAGAUGCAGGCAUCCGACCCGGUUGUACCAUCGGGCACAGCUUUGGAGAGCUGACGGCAUUGGCUGUUUCAGGCGUGCUUUCUAUCGAGGAUGCCCUCAGACUCGUUGCUAUUCGAGCGCAGCUAAUGGUAACAAAGUGGGGACCAGAGAAGGGCACCAUGCUUGCAGUCUUUGCGCCUGUCGCUGUCGUUACGCGCAUCAUUGAAGCCGUCGGCGACAAAUCCCUAGAGAUUGCCUGCUUCAAUGAUCUCAACAAUCAGGUGGUGGUUGGAACCGAGGCUGCAGUGACUGCAGUGGAGAGCUUGCUGGCUACCGACCCCUCGUUCAAGGGCUUCAGAUGUCAAAAGGUUGAUGUUACUCAUGGGUUCCAUUCCGUUUUCACGGAGCCGCUCAAGCACGACUUUGCCAAAUCCUUGGACUCAUUAACCUUCAGUGAACCCUCGAUCCCUAUCGAGCCCUGUACAAAGGGACGAACUGUGUCCAUCAAUGUUGACCAUGUUGUAUCGCAUCUCCGCCAACCAGUCUACUUUGUGGAUGCUGUUCGCCGGAUCGAAGAGCGCUUUGGGGGCUGCAUUUGGCUUGAGGCAGGAUUCGACUCGUCUAUACUCCCCAUGGCCAAGCGUGCGACUGCAACUUCGGGGAUGCAUUCGUUCUACACCAUCAAGGCAUCCGAUAUUGAGGGACACAGUGAGACUAUGGCUCGUAUUACCACCAGUCUCUGGAACGAAGGCAUUGAAAUUACUCCUAUGCUUUUCCUAUCUCCGUCCGACGCUGGAGUGGAGCCCAUCUGGCUGCCACCUUAUCAAUUCCAGAAGACUAAAGCGUGGCUACAGAACAUCGAUAGGGCUACUGAAAUCCAGCGCGAACUCGCCAGUAUGAAGGAGGAAAAGCCCAAGACCGCUCCUGUACAUGUACCUGUUCGACUGGUACAUCACGCGGGGUCUGCUGGCCAUGUGGAAAAGUUCGUCGUACACAGUUCGGCCACACGAUUCCGCGAAGUCAUUCAUGGCCAUGCAGUCAGAGGUCGGCCGCUUUGUCCGGCUUCAAUGUACAUGGAGUUGGCGGCCAUGUCAGCCAAGCUUCUUGGCGCAGACAUUGGCUCCAAGUCAAUCGUGUUUGAAGAUUUGGCAUUUGAAUCGCCUCUUGGUGUCAAUCUAGACCGCGAAACCAACCUGAGUCUGGAAACAUCUGGAAAUGAUAGCUGGAGAUUCAUCGUUUCGAGCUCAGCUGGCGCAGGUCGUGCGACUGUUCAUGGCAGAGGCAAAAUGCUUUUGGGACAACAACCCCAAUUCUCAGCCUACAAGCGACUCUAUGCAGGCCGAUUUGAUUCAAUCCUAUCUAGUCCGACUUCCGAAAAGCUCAAUGGCGGACGAGUCUAUCAGCUGUUCUCCAAAGUUGUCGAUUACGCCGAGUUCUUCCAAGGGAUCAAAAGCAUCACGAUUGAUAAAAAUGAGGCAGUAGCCGUCAUCCAGAUGCCAGAGACCCAUGUCGGAGGCGAUGAAAGUAUAGUCACACGAUACUGCGACACAGUCUCUAUCGAUGCGUUCAUCCAAGUGUCUGGCUUACUUAUCAACAGCAGCGCGGCUUGCCCUCCGGGUCAGGUUUUCGUCGCUUCGGGACUGGAAAGCAUCACCAUGUCUGGACUCUGUGAUUUUGACGCCCACAAAGAAUGGAAGGUCUACGCUAUCUUCACAAUCAAUGAUGCCAUAAAUGCGACCGGCGACGUUUUUGUUCUGAACAAGGACGGUGAGAUAGUCAUGACUGUCUUUGGAGCCAAGUUCCAUCGUCUGGAUAUUUCAAGGCUUGAGCGAACACUAGACACCGCGAACGGAUCGAAAGCAAACCAGAAACCGGCUGCAAUUACCUCUCGCAGCUACCAGCCUGUCCCGGUGGAGAGCGUUCCAGAGCUCAUACAUGACGAUACCCCAGACUCUUCGAGCGCUCCUUCAGAUACUGAGGACGAGUUUGAAGAUGGAGAGGUUCAAUUGAAAGCGAUAAUCUCCACAUAUACUGGAGCACCAGCUGACUGUAUCUCAUCGACCACAAAUAUUGGUGACCUCGGCUUUGAUUCCCUUGCAUCAAUCGAGCUUGCCAAUGAAAUCAGCGAGCGUUUUGGCAAGACUUUCUCACCCAGCGAUCUUUUGACACUCAGUAUUGGCACAUUAUGCCAAAAGACGUGUGCCAACACCUCUAGAGUCGGUCAGGGCCGCCUCGUGCCAUCCAAGAGCCACGUCGCAACAGCUCCCUCCAUGGCUCCCCAGACCAACGGAACAAUGUUCACUCAUGGACAGCGUGCCAAGCUCUUUGCACUCAUCUCCGAGCUUUGUGGUGUCGAUGUCCACAAUAUACAGGAACACCAAUCUCUCCAGGAUCUCGGAUUUGAUUCCCUUUCUGCGACAGAAUUGGGAUCCAGUUUGUGCGACGAGUUCAACGUCGACUCUGAAAAAGUCGGCACGCUCCUGGAUAUCUCCGUGAGAGAUCUUUUGAAGCUGAGCGGAAUCGGUUCUCCAGAGUCGAGCUUGUCUUUCUCCAAGCCAGCAUUCUCGGGAGUCAACACUGGACCGACGAGCAACCUUGAUAAGACGGCAGGGAUUGCGGGUCCAUUCGAUUCCUUGCUGGAAGCAGAAUCCUCGCUACCCGAUCACGCGGUGACUUGCCAGUUCACGGGAUAUCUAGCCAAUGUGGCUGCUCGUCAAGAUGAGCUACUCCUUGCUUACCUCGUAGAAGCGUUUGGAAAGUUGGGCAUCGAUUUCAACGCUCUUGAGGUAGGCCAGGAGAUCCCCGACUUUGAAUAUCAGCCGAAACACACAAAAGUAGUCAGGAGAUACAUGCAGAUUCUCCAAAAGCACGGCAUCGUUCAGAAACGGGGUUCUUGGCAUGUUCGAUCAACCGGCCAGUGCCGUUUCGAACCUUCUUCCCAGCUCCUACGCCACUUUGUAGCCGACUUCCCCAAGUACAACUGUGAGGCAGAGCUCAUGGCUCUCACAGGGCCAAAGCUUGCAGAGUGCUUGACAGGCGCCGAAGACCCAGUUAAGAUCCUAUUUGGCACGAGCAAGUCGCAAGAGAUUGUUGGGAAUCUAUACAAGGAAGCCCCCAUGUUUGCCACAUUGACGGAGCUUCUUGUGGAUUUCUUGAUUCGUCUAGUCCAGAAAGCCAAGGCACCCAUUCGCAUACUAGAAGUUGGAGCUGGCACCGGAGGCACCACGAAGCGACUCGCUGAAGCAUUGAGCACUCUCAAUCACCCAGUUGAGUAUGUUUUCACGGAUAUAUCCCAGACGUUUGUUCGAAAUGCAUCCAAGAAGUUUGAAUACCCAUGGAUGCAAUUCAAGACACUUAAUGUGGAGGUCACGCCUCCCGCGGAUAUGAUGGGCAGAUUCGAUGUCAUCAUCAGUACCAACUGUGUUCAUGCGACGGCGAACAGAGCUGAGUCUUGCCGUCACAUCAAAGAGAUGCUGAACUCGAACGGCCUGAUGGUCCUAUCAGAGAUGACCAACAUAUUCGAUUGGCAUGAGAUUGUGUUUGGGUUGUUGGACGGCUGGUGGCUAGCGAACGAUGCCGACCACGCAAUCCAAUCUGCAGAAGUAUGGAUGAAAUUUCUGCGUCAAGCUGGGUUCGCGAGUGCCACAUACUCCCAAAGUACCGAGCCUGACUGCAAUCUCCAACGACUACUCGUUGGCUCUGUAAAGCAAUAUCCUGAGCCGCUUCGUCACAUGGAAUUGCCAUCGAGCGGUGUCGAGACUGUUGUUUACAAGUCCAUUGACGGGAUUGAGAUAGAAGCGGAUGUUUACUUGCCCAGCAUUCCGCCAGCCAGCUCAAUGCCCGUAGCGUUGAUGAUCCAUGGCGGUGGUAACAUGACGUUAUCGCGCAAAGCAGUCCGACCAGAGCAAACCAAGUACUUGCUUUCGCACAACAUCCUUCCCAUCAGUGUGGACUACCGUCUAUGUCCUGAGGUCAACGUCAUUGAGGGGCCAAUAUGCGAUGUUCGCGAUGCGUACGUGUGGAUCCAGAAGAAGCUCUCUGAAGUUACUUCCAGAUUCGGCAUCUCAGUUGACACAACUCGCAUCGUGUCGAUUGGCUGGUCAUCAGGUGCUCAUCUUGCUAUGAGUCUUGCCUGGACUACAACAGAGAUCAAAGUGCAGCCACCAGCUGCAAUCCUGGGGUUUUAUGGCCCUACCGAUUUUGAAUCCGGAGACCUGGACAUUAACACCAGGAAGUAUCCAGCACGCAGGAUGCGACUGGAGAAGAUUAUGCAAUCCUUGCCGAAGAGACCCAUAACGAGCUAUGGUGCCAUGACGGAUAGUAGUGAAAUGGGCUGGAUCAAGCCUGGCGACCCAAGAUCCGAACUGAUCUUUGCGAUUCUGAAGGAAGGCAUUGGGCUGAGGGUUUGGCUUAAUGGUCUCUCUCAUGAGGCUUUAGCACAGAACCCCGACCCAGCACUCGUCAGAGCGAUUAGCCCAAUGGCGCACGUACGGGACGGCUCUUACGAUGUUCCAACAUUCAUCAUCCAUGGAACUGAUGAUGAAAUCGUUCCUUUUGAGACAGCUGAGGUGUUCAUAAGGGAGCUGGAGAAUUUCGGUGUAGAAUGUGGCCUUCUGAAGCUUUCAGGGGUGAAGCAUAUCCAUGAUUUGCAUUUGAAGCCAGGGAGCGAGGCGUGGGACAAACAGGUGGAGCCUGGGUACCGGUUCCUUCUAGAGACUCUGCAGGUCUCUGUUUAG